UCCCUUCAAUUGUUCAACCACACCAAAGCGAAACACUCUCCGAUCUCACAGGCACCACCAAGACGAUGUCGUUGAAAUCAGUGUUCGACGCCACAGAAAUCAGAACGGAAUUCGAAAAGGCCGGCAUAAACCCUAGCUUCAUCCCCGUCAUAUGGAAGCACGUGAUCUCCUCCAACGCCAGCACCGCCAUCGAAUGGGACCAAAUCCCAUCCCUACCCACCGCCGCCUACCCUCUCCUCCACGCCAAAUUCAAACCCCUCACCUCCUCUCUUCACUCCAUACUCCACUCCUCCGACCUCGUCACCUCCAAGCUCCUCAUCAAGCUCCAGAGUGGGUCGCUUGUGGAGGCCGUGAUCAUGAAGUACGAUACGCGUUUGGGGAAGUAUAACGGCAAGCCCCGCUCGGGCGGGCUCAGGUCGACCCUGUGCGUUUCGUCCCAGGUGGGUUGCAAAAUGGGCUGCAAGUUCUGCGCCACGGGGUCCAUGGGUUACAAGGCCAAUCUUUCCUCCGGAGAGAUCGUCGAGCAGUUGGUUCUCGCUUCUCGUGUCUCGCCUAUACGCAAUGUCGUUUUCAUGGGAAUGGGGGAACCGUUGAAUAACUAUACGGCGUUGGUAGAAGCAAUUCGUGUGAUGACAGGACGGCCGUUUCAGUUGUCGCCGAAGAGAAUUACGGUCUCUACGGUUGGGAUCAUUCAUGCUAUCAACAAGCUUCAUAAUGAUCUGCCGGGUUUGAACUUGGCAGUUUCACUGCACGCACCGGUUCAAGAUAUCCGUUGUCAGAUAAUGCCUGCAGCCCGGGCUUUUCCUUUGGAAAAGCUUAUGAAUACGCUGCAAGAAUAUCAAAAGAACAGUCAGCAAAACAUUUUGAUCGAGUACAUUAUGCUUGAUGGGGUGAAUGACGAAGAGCAGCAUGCCCACCAGCUUGGCAAGUUGCUAGAGACAUUUCAAGUGGUUGUGAACUUAAUACCGUUCAAUCCAAUUGGUACUUUGAGUCAAUUCAAAACUAGUUGCGACCAGAGGGUAUCAACAUUUCAGAAAAUUCUUAGGGGUACCUAUAACAUCCGGACAACAGUCCGUAAGCAAAUGGGUCAGGAUAUAAGUGGUGCAUGUGGUCAGUUGGUGGUUAACCAACCCGAUAAGAGGUCUAUUGAGAAUUCAGGUCUCUUAACUGACAUAGAAGAUCUUCAUCUUUGAUGUAGCCAUAAUCAUUUCAGGCUUCGAAGGACGAUCAUCUUUGCCAAGCAUGGUUUAAAUGCUGUUGGUGAUUCUAUGUCAUUUGCAGACAGGCUCGGUGGUUCAGAAAUUCAAGAUGGUUCGUGAAUUAACUUUGACGUUGAAGGGUUUCCUGUCAACUUCUGGUAGGGCGGCGUGACCGAACUCAUCUUUACUAGCAUUUUGAUUCACAAGAAUUCUGUUAUUUGCCGGCUCUAGUAAAUUUUGUCUGCGUAUAGUAGAUUCUAAGAGCUUUUAAUAUUAGAGAGAGAGAGACAAAAAUAUGAGAAGAAAAAUGACAGAAGUGUUACUGCGGCUGAGUAAAUCAGUUUCCAUGGAAAACAAAAUGGGGAAAAUUAUGUGGUUAUGCAUGAUUCUGUUUGUAU